UAGACUGGCCGUUGAAGCAUGGCCCAAGUGGAUACAGUAACGUCUUCGUUUGCCUUCAGCAAUGACUGGCAAUAGCACACUCUACUUUCGCGUCCUCUCCAUAUAGAUAGAUAGAUAUAGAUGCUCUAAGCUACCAUUUCACGCCAAGCGAUUCUCUCGAAAAGUAAACAUGGGUGACAAUGAUGGAGAACCGAGCAGAAAAAAAUCAGGGUUUCCUCAUGCAGUCCUCAAUGAAAGGAUUCUUUCUUCAAUGUCGCGAGGAUCUAUUGCUGCUCAUCCUUGGCAUGACUUGGAGAUUGGACCAGGAGCUCCAUCUGUUUUCAACUGUGUGAUUGAAAUUGGCAAAGGGAGCAAGGUUAAGUACGAGCUUGACAAGAUAAGCGGUCUUAUAAAAGUUGAUCGUGUUCUCUACUCAUCUGUUGUUUACCCGCACAACUAUGGUUUCAUCCCUCGAACUAUCUGUGAAGACAGUGAUCCUAUGGAUGUCCUGGUACUGAUGCAGGAGCCUGUGCUACCUGGUACUUUUCUUCGUGCUCGUGCCAUUGGUUUAAUGCCCAUGAUUGACCAGGGUGAAAAGGAUGACAAGAUUAUAGCAGUAUGUGCCGAUGAUCCUGAGUUCCGCCAUUACACAGACAUCAAGGAGCUUCCUCCUCAUCGUCUAGCUGAAAUCCGCCGCUUUUUUGAGGACUAUAAAAAGAAUGAGAACAAGAAAGUUGAUGUGGAAGACUUCUUGCCAGCAAAGGCUGCCACUGAUGCCAUCAAGUACUCCAUGGACCUGUAUGCAUCUUACAUUGUUGAAAGCUUGAGGCAGUGACUUUAUUUGGAGACAGUUUGGUGAAAAUGUUGAUGGCUGGGACCUUUUAGUAUCGUAGUAUUAAGGCUUGACUUCUUGUUAAAUGCCUAUCUGCAGAAGUUCCAAUACUUGAAUGUUAAAUGAGAAUGUGUUUUAACCAAUGCCUAUAGUCAAUAUAUGAUUCCAUAUGCCUAUUCUAA